GGCUAGGACCGCUUAAACACACAGUCAGCCUAUUUCCGUUUGGAGGAGGCGGAGGGAGUAAAAAGGUGGAGCUGUUCACAGAUGUUGAGGAGAGGAGACGCGGACAGUACUUUUGGUUUUACUGCAUGGAAGGAGCAGAGCGUAGCUUUAUCAAAGAGGAAAAUCUUCAGCCUAAUCAUCAACUCCUGUCUCCUGGAUCCAGCUGCGACAAAGCUUUCAGGCUCCUAUGAACUUUUAUUUCCAGAUAACCAGCUGAUGACGCUGCCUGACAUAUACUGAGCUGUCAGAGCUGCUCUCCACAUCAGCAGAGAGUGACACUGACAGUCUGGACGGUGUGUUUGAUCGACAUCAUCGGAUCAUGCAGAGACAAGGAAACAUCAAAGAACAAAAACAUUAUAAAGCGAGGCAUUUAAAGCUGAAUGAUUUGAAACAGGAAGCUCAAGAUACUCAUUUGUACAAGAAGUACCUCUGCAAAGACGACAUCCCUCCGUACCCCGGACCUGGAGAGGUUUCACUUGAGUUUCAUGUGUCUCGGCUGAAGCACGACACAUACAAAUUAGAAGAGAUCAAGAAUGACGGAGGCUUCAAGGAUCCAAACAGCGGCUCAAAGGAUCCAGACAGACUGUCCCUGGUGUGGUGGAGUCUGGCUGUGGCACCAGAGGAGAUCCAGUCAGCUGAGAGGAGGCUCCUGGAGGAGACCUUCCCAAACUGGACCGAGGAGCAGGCCCGGCGGAAGCAGAGCUUCCUGUGGAAGUUCGCCUCGUCUCCAGCCUUCAGUGAGAAGUCCAGGUAUGGAUCGUACCGCUUCACCUUCACGGUGGAGGAGGUGCUGGAGGCCUACAGCGAGCAGUUUUGCUCCGGCUGCCCGCCCGUCAUGCGUGUUCUCAGGACUUCAUUGUACAGACAGGAAGUGAUGUAUGCUGUGCUGGUCCACAGCUCAGACAGUGAUUGGCUCUUCGCUGAGUAUCCCAUCCUGCCCGACGCUCCGAACACUGUCUGUGCUUACAGGGACGGACGCUUCACCUGGAGGCCCGAGGCCAUGUGCGAGACACACAAAUAUGUGCUUUUACAAAGACGUGACAAAAACCUGAUGGAAGCUUGGGGACUGAUUCAGGAUCCACAGUAUUAUGUUUGGGACCACGUCGCCAUCGCCCUGCAUGUGGAGGGUGGGCAGGUGCUGAAGUUUGAUUCUGAUGAUCUGAGGAAGAACCUCACGUUCUGUGAGCCUGAUGCUGUGACAGUCACACCUGAAUCUGACUUUCAACAUUACGAGGAUGCUCAAAACCUGGUCGCUCGUUUGUGGCCACUGAAGAAGGAAGUUUCACUCCAGCAGAGAAUCAGAGCAGGCUCUACAGACUCUCUGCGGUGAGACGACGCCCUCAGUCUGAGCUCUGCACACUUUGAUCUUUUCUUUCAUUUUGAAUAAAUCAAACAUAGAGCUUCAUGUUGGUGUGGUUUAAACUCCUGACUGUGCACGUUUUUAAUAUUUUAUAUUGUUGUUGUCAUUUUUCAUCACCCUGAGGCUGUCUUUGAGGUUUCUCCACCUUUAUUCUCCUUUUUCUGAGCGACUGCAGCAUCACCGGCUGCACAGUGAACCAUGGUGGAGGUUACACAGAAGGAAGCAGCCGAGAGGAACGAACACAGAAAAACUGUUUGACGUGACUUUUUUAUUCGAUUAGUUUAUUAAAGGUUUAUUACAUGAAUUUCCAAAGUGCGCAGCAAAAGACCAAAGACAGAUAAAACACACAUGAUGAGUAUAAACAUGUGAUUAUGUGUUUCACUGCACUCUGUCCUGUCUGUGUGUGAUGUGUUCAUGUGACUGAAUCAAAGACUAAUUACUUUGUACACACAAAAAGUGGACAAUAAAGUUGUUUUGAAUAUUU